UUUAGAACUCUGAGACAGACAAUAUUCUGUUACAUUGUAGCAAAAUGGCGACUGUCAUUCACAACCCCCUGAAAGCGCUCGGGGACCAGUUCUACAAGGAAGCCAUUGAGCACUGCCGGAGUUACAACUCACGGCUGUGUGCAGAGCGCAGCGUGCGUCUUCCCUUCCUGGACUCACAGACUGGGGUGGCCCAGAACAACUGCUACAUCUGGAUGGAGAAGAGGCACCGAGGCCCAGGCCUUGCCCCGGGCCAACUGUAUACGUACCCUGCCCGCUGCUGGCGCAAGAAGAGACGAUUGCACCCACCUGAAGAUCCAAAGCUGCGGCUGCUGGAGAUAAAACCUGAAGUGGAGCUUCCCCUGAAGAAGGAUGGGUUCACCUCAGAAAGCACCACGCUGGAAGCCUUGCUCCGCGGCGAGGGGGUUGAGAAGAAGGUGGAUGCCAGGGAGGAGGAAAGCAUCCAGGAAAUACAGAGGGUUUUGGAAAAUGAUGAAAAUGUAGAAGAAGGGAAUGAAGAAGAGGAUUUGGAAGAGGAUAUUCCCAAGCGAAAGAACAGGACUAGAGGACGGGCUCGUGGCUCUGCGGGGGGCAGGAGGAGGCACGACGCCGCCUCUCAGGAAGACCACGACAAACCUUACGUCUGUGACAUCUGUGGCAAGCGCUACAAGAACCGACCGGUCAGCUACCACUAUGCUCACCACCUGGCCAGCGAGGAGGGGGAUGAAGCUCAAGACCAGGAGACUCGGUCCCCACCCAACCACAGAAAUGAGAACCACAGGCCCCAGAAAGGACCGGAUGGAACAGUCAUUCCCAAUAACUACUGUGACUUCUGUUUGGGGGGCUCCAACAUGAACAAGAAGAGCGGGCGGCCUGAAGAGCUGGUGUCCUGCGCAGAUUGUGGACGCUCUGGUCACCCAACCUGCCUGCAGUUCACCCUGAACAUGACUGAGGCUGUCAAGACCUACAAGUGGCAGUGCAUAGAGUGCAAAUCCUGUAUCCUCUGUGGGACCUCAGAGAAUGAUGACCAGCUACUCUUCUGCGAUGACUGUGACCGUGGCUAUCACAUGUACUGUUUAAAUCCCCCGGUGGCUGAGCCCCCAGAAGGAAGCUGGAGCUGCCACUUAUGCUGGGAACUGCUCAAAGAGAAAGCCUCAGCCUUCGGCUGCCAGGCCUAGGGCCCUAGGUCACAGAAUGUGACUUGCUGCUGGAGAGGCUAAAGCAGAGCCCAGCUCAAACCAGAACGCGCCCUCUUCCUACAUAUCCAGACAGACCAACUGUAAGGAAAAGAAAUAGUCCCAGAGGGGCACGGACACAUGGAACCAAGAGGGCGAGGCAUCUCCUGACCGCCCCCGAUAUGUGCGGAACUUCAGCCAGCACCUCCUUGUUUCUACCGGAAGGAAGUUGCACUUCGGAAGAACACUGCCGGCCCUAGCCCUGUGGAACCCCUUUCACUUUUGCCCUAGCACCGAGGCCCUCUCAUUGGUUCCCAUUUUAAGGGAAGCCAUUUCCUGACCACUCACCCAUCAUUGUGUGUAGUGUGGUGUUUUUUAUCUAUUGUGUUCCAAGAAAUCUUCGCACAGCCCCCGCCCCCUCCAGCUUAGGCUCUUCAUCCUGAAAUUCUCACCCGAGGAAUAAAGGGCUGUGGAGAAGUUGUUGUUUAUGGCAAGCCUCACUGGAAACUUCUAGACUUGGGGUCUUGCAACCCCUUCUUGUUCCUUGGUGUCUGUGGAGACAAAGAGUUGCCUUCUAGAACCUCAGCAGUGGCAUCCACAGCCAGCCUGGUCUUGAUCCACUGCCUCAAGUUACUAGAUGGGGGCGGGGAGGGAGGGAGAGGCGCUGAGCCAUGGGAGGAAGCAUUGCGGAAAUGGUGCCAAGGCCCCGCCAUAGCCAGUCAGUACUUGUUAUCCAUCGGGAGAGACUUUGCAAGGGGCCAGGCUGGUUCCUUGACCUUAGAGCUGGGACAUCCUUUAGGUGAGACCAGCCACAGCCUAUGGACAGAGGAAGACGGUCAAGCCUCUGCCUCUCAGCCCACCUGGGUCUGGAGAACUGGUUCAGCUUCCCCUGGUGGGACUCAAGAACCAGGAAGGGGAGUGAAGGCUGCUCAAUCAUGUGUCUGAAUGCUGGAUACAGGGGGCUGCAGCUUUGAGAAACCUUCAGUAUUGAUGCCACGCUCUGAAUUCCUUUUCCUAAGUAAUUUCUUCUUUCCACGUAGUGUAUGUUCGCUAUUGUCUACUGAGACCUGACUGGGAAUUUUAAGAUUCCCAGGGGAAGGAGAAGAUUGUUAUCUAAACAAAUAAUUAGGGUGAGGUGGUCAUCAUUCACGACCAGGGUGGCCACAUUUUAGAACUCUUAGUGCGGGGGUUACUCUUGUCUCCUAAGCUCCCCAAACGUGCAGGACUCUUGUUUUAAAAAAAAAUGUGUCUAGAAGAAAGAGGUGGGGAGGCUGAGCUUCCGAGAACUCUGUGUGUUGGAAGAUAGCCCCGAGGGCUGGAGCGGAUUGGGCUGACUUUGAAUCACAGCAGCAGCACAAUAACUGACAUAUUUCUGGAAAAAUCAUUUGCCCGAAGGGCAGGUCUCGGUGAGCGGAACCCUCGCGCAUGCUUGGCUUCUCUGAAAUCAGCUCCAUCUCUGUGGUCCGGCUGCUCACAACAAAGGCCCAGGUUAUUUUUAGUUCUUAAGCUCCUGAGGAAGCUCCCGGAGACUCGGGCUAGUUGGGCCACUUCUGCCCGGCUGCAGUAUUUGUGCUGUCCCUCAGCAGGAGUGCUCCUCUCCAGGCUAAUUGCUCUUGGCCAGUGGACCCAGGGCAGCUUGGCAUGAAACCAAGCAGUGUGGGUCUCCCCCACGCUUCUGCAGAGUGACCUGUGGCAAGCGAUGGGGGUCACUCUCCUGCAGGGGCCUGUGGCCUCAGAGUGAAUCACACACAUACAUAAUGGUCUCAUUUAAAGGGCCCCUGGUCCGGAUGGAAUUUUCGUCUUCCUCAUAAGUAAUUUCCUUCCGCCUGCUGGUCGGUGAGCUCGUCUGAAUCCUGAAGGCCCAGGGAGGGAUAGGGAGGGUGACAUUCCAUCAGAGGGGCACAUUUUCUCUCCUGACUACUCUAGCUCUCUCUCUUCCCACAAAACUCAAAGCAGGCUGUCUCCAAAGGCUAAUAAUUGGUUUUGAGAGUCAUUUUAAUUUAAAUUUAGAGAAAAAAAUUCCCCAAAUGUUCCCAAAUGCCACAAUAGCUUAAAAACUUAAAAAGCAAGUCUGAAACCCCAAAUUGUGGCUCUACAACUUGACACGUCCUCUUCGGAGUAUGUGUAAAUUUGUUUUCCACAGAAGUGCAGGCGAUAGGGCACCCCUGUUCUAUCUCAGCCCCACGUCUGCUUUGCCCACACAAGCUGAGCCUGAGCUGGGUCUCCCAGGCCAAGGCAGGGCACUGGAACUUGCCUGCAGUGGUGAGGGUCAGGGCUCUGGAGUGACAUUAGGAUGGCCCUGGAAUUCCCCUCUCUGCUUCAUUACUCCCUGCAGAAUGGGGCCAACCCAUUCUUCAUCUUUGGAGGCCUCAGUUUCCCCAUCUGGAAAGCAGGGAUAGCAAGCCAACUUGUGGGCUGGCACUGUCAGGGUACUGCAAGCAGACAAAAGUCUCUAUGGUCACAUUUAUCACCUCUGUGUUGAAAAGAGGACAGGGUUGUUAAACGUUAAAUUGGUUUCUUUUUUUUUCUUUUGAACCCCAGAGAAUGAGCUAGAAUCAUUCUCUGAGCUCGAAUCACAAGAUGCCUGUGAAGGAUGAUGGUUUCUGUGUUGCCUCUGCCAUGGAGUAGCUGUGUGACACUGGGCUAGUCACCUAACCUCCCUGAACCUCAAUUUGCCCACCUGGAAAAUGGAGAUAGUAACACUUGCCCUGACUAUUCCAGAGCGAGAUUGAGAGUUUUGCUACAUAAACAAGCACUGCAGAGCCAUGCUUGUCUGGGAAGAACUCCAGGUAUUUUCCAUGUCCACCUUCUUGUGUGCAUUAGCCAAUGUUAGAUGUCUUCUUCGUAUCUCCCUUGUGACCAAAGGGAGUUUAUAUUGCCAGGGCCGGGCUGCCCAUGGUCAGGGUCCUGGCAAAAGCUGUGACAAGGAAAUCAUGACUUGCAUGGGCUGUGGGGUGGAGGUGAGGGAUAUACAUGGGGUUGGGGACUUUAAAAUGAAGGUGCUCAGGAUACUCCCUUCUAUAAGAUGAACGCAGUUGAGAAUGGAAAGGUGACUUUUAGAGAGGGCUAUGAUUCGUUUCAGUUCAUGGGUAACGCUCACUUUCUGACGAACACUGCCACUUUCUAGCUGACUGACCUUGAGCCAAUGACUUCACCUCUCUGAGCCAAAUUUCACACGUCUGUAAGGUGGGGAAACAUGGCCUCUCCAGCAUGGUCUUUGCAGUUAUUCGAGGUGACGUUGGUAAAGAUCCUGGCACGGGUCUGGCACGAUGAUGGUCCCCACUCCAUGGUAGCUAUUGUCAUUUUCUGCAGAGGUCACCAAAUGGGGACAAUGAUGGGGUUGUCUCCCGGCUCAAAUGCUGGGAACAGCCAGGAGACCUUUGCUGGGCUUCACCGGGAGGCCUCUGUAUUGUGGCUCCAGCAAACCAGAGAGGUGAGGCUGCCGGAUUCAACCCGGAAGUGGAAAUCCUGUUCCCUGCAGGCAUUUUUGAAACCCUGCUUUUGGGACCUGUAGCAAAUCCAGCGCAGGCAACAUUAUGUGGAAAUAGAAACAGGGCUCCUGCUAGGAGAUUGACAUUCUGGCUUUCCUUCGGAACCCCUCACUGACUUAUUGCCCCUGAAGCAGGAGCCAGCAGGUCCCAAAGCUCCCCUGCUCCUGUCCCUGCCCCAGGGCAAGGUAGGAAGCCCAGGCAGGCUGAGCCCAGCCAACUGGAACCAGGGAAGAGCUCGUGGGUGGGUGGAAGGGAGGGAAGGAGGCCAGAUUCCUCCAGAGCUGGGGAAGAUAACAGGUUUUGAAGUUGGGGGAGGGUUUGGGUUUCACAGUGAUGGUUUCAUGAUACCCUGGAGGGUUACACACUCAUGGUGCAUUUUUGUCUUCGUGCUUUGAAUACAGCCCGCUUCCUUUCAACACUCCGCUUAAAAGUUUUGGUGUUUUAAGGAAGAAAAAUGAGAUGAUUGUUAUUACUUUUCCUUUGGGAGCAAGUGGAGGAGACCUGCGCUCUUUUGUGCCGCUGAAGAAAGGUUGCUGGCAACCUCAGGCCUCAGGGCUCAAAAAGAUCCUCUUUGGGUCUGCGUGUGAGGAGGUGGGGGGCGUUGUGCUGCCCCAUGGCCCAGGGCGGGCCCUGAGGACCACAUCCCUGGUCCCCAGGCUGGUUUUUAGCCUGUCGUGGAAGUGCUGGGACAGGAGCAGCCCCUUCUUUUCUCACUCCCCGGCUGCCCCUCCUGGCCCCUCUUCAGGGGGUCCCAAUGGAGAAGUUGGCCCUGGCCAGAGCCACGCUCACACUCCCAUGGAAGAUGCCACAAGUCCCAGGCCUGGCUCCUUGUAGCAGUGGUGACUUGGUGUCCCUUUUAGCAGGCUCCCAUUCCUGGGGAGGAAGAGAGACAGGGGUGCCUCGGGAAGGGAGGGUGGGAGGGCAUUUGGGAGGGGCAAAGAUCUCUGGCGGAACAAGGCAGAGAGCUGGAUGUCCUCAGGCAGAAAUCCUGGAGCUAAGGAGCUGGAGGGCAGCAGGUGGGAGUGAACAGUGAUUGAAACUCUGUUUUUUUUCCUGAGUCUUGUGAUCCUGGGCAGCAGAUUACUAUUAUUAUUAUUUUUUAAAAAGGCCAAACCUCUGCCCAGUUCUGAACUCUAAUUCAGCUCCCUCUUUCUUGAGGCCCCUUGUUGAUUGUGUGGGGUUUCAGGGAUGCUUCUGAGGGCAAAGCAGGCCCCAUACCCAGCUGGAGAGAGAAGGCAGUGAGGGAGGGCUGGAUCAUGCCUGUAGCCUUGGGGAGUGAAGCAUUUCCAGGCACUGCUACCAGACGGGUCAGGCCUCCAGGCCCCUGUCCCCCAAGCCCAGGACACCAGUAGCUGGGAAGGGAAGCGGGGGCCUGGCCAGUCCUGCUCCUCUGCCCCCUGCAAAGUGGACAGAGCUCCUCCUCUCCCCGCUGUGUGUUACCCUUUUUGCAAUCUUACUCCCAUCCCCAAAGCAUGCUUUUUGAUUCCAGGUGAAGGGGAAGGAUAGUGGUGGUGGGGAACAGAUGUUUUAAUUUGCCUCAGGCCUACGAGUCUCCCUACCUGAGCCCCAGCUUGCUGUAGAGUCUAACUGGUCCGUGGCCAGAAGGUGGGCUCCAUAGCUGUCUGGGGGUUGGGACUCCCGCACCCAUUUCUGAGCAUUCCUAGGGUUUAGGAGUCUGCUUAUGAUUCUCUGCCAGAGGCCACGGCCACCAGCCCUGAGUGUGGAACAAAGGGACACAGGGGUUAGUUCAGGGCCUUUGGGCAGCUGUUGGAGGGUCUUGGAGAGCUGGGAACCCCUUUCUAGGGAGGCUGGAGACCCUCUGGUCUGUGAGUGGACAGCUGAGAGGGGGGCAGGGGGAAGGAGGGGAGAGGAAGAUGUGGGUGCUGCCUGCUGGGCACCCGGGAUGUGGGAGGACAGACAGCCUCCCAGGCAGAGUGAGUGGGAGCUGCCUUGGAGCCUCUCAGCAGCUGUCCCCGGGGAGGCCUGGCUGUGCGGCGGGCGCCCCCUCUGUGUGAGCAGCCCAGGCAGCUUGAAGAGAGGCCCAAAGGAAGUGCUGUCAGGAAACUCUGAAGAGGAGGGGUCCGGGCUUGCCAGUUCCCUACCAGGGGGUUUUCCAGAAGGAACAGGGAACUCCCUGCAUGAGGGGAAAGAUUUGGAAGUGAGUGGGUUCCUGGAACAGGCUCUCUGAGCUCUGAGUGAGCCCUGCCUGGAAGGGGGUCCUGAGGUGACUCCAGCUUCUGUCCCCACUCCUUCCCUUUCUCUGCUCCAGUGCCAGCUUCAGGUCGCAGGGCAGGUGGCCUUGAGAGAGGGACCUUUCACAGUUUCCCCCUCUUUGGCUCCCCCAGGAGAAGGGAGUAUUUUGCUGAUGGCGACAUUUCCCAGGGCAGGCCAGAGGAAGGCAGGAACCAGGACUGGCAGGCAGCCAGAACCCUCUUGGACAGAGAUAUAAUUACUCAUCAUGACCUCUAGCCCAGGCAGCAAGCAAAAUGGCCCUGUAGGCUGGCACCAACCCUGUCUAGCAAAUAAACACGGCCGUGGUGGGGACGGGAGGGCAGGUAAGUGGGCCUUGUAGGAAAUGGGAGAGGCCCGCGAGCCCCUGGGGCCUGUAUAUCCCCUCAGCAACACAACCCUACAGACCCCCAGGUUAUAUUUUCACUCACUGCAUCCCAUUUGCUCAUUUGCUCGCCUCUCUGUAUCUCUGUUAUUCAUUUCAAUGUUAUGAAUAUUGAUGAUGAGAACAGGAAUGCCCAUGCGUGCGUGCGCGCGCACACACACACACACACACGCACACACACACACCCUGCUUAAUGAACUAAAGGGAAACUUUGAUGUUGCUCCAGGACAAGAGGGAGAGCCAGGGGCUGCUAGGCAAGGUGCGUCUUUCUGAAAUCUUCUCCAGUCCAGCUCCUCUGGCUCUCAGCUCCUGCACAGCCACAGGGGUUGCAAAGGGAGCCUUGUGCUUGGAAAGCCACUGGCUCCAUGACCUCUUUCCUUCUCUUCCCUUCGUUCACCUGUGCUUCUUUUCAGGAGAGACAUUUGGUAAUAGUUGGGGACUUGAAAAGUCUCAAUUGUGCUAUCAAAGGGAUGCAAAGCUUUUAUGGCUAGAAUGGGGGUUGUGGUUUUUGUGGACUUGGUUUGCCCUUCCAUGUCUACUCCCCACUGAGACCUCGAUUCUCAUCCUGCCCUCUCCCUUCCCUACACUGUUUCCUCCCUUCCCUCUGCCAUGCUAGAUGCUAAGGAGUGGGGUGGAGGUGGGAAGUGGGAAGCAACAGUGGUGUAAAGGAAAAAGAAAAUAUACCCCGUGCACAUUUUCAACAUGUAGUUGAAGAGGCCUAAAUUAGGUACUAGAAAAAAAUAAAGGACAGAAACACUGCCUGAUACGUGAGCGAGAGCAUGAAAAUAUAGAACGAUUAUCUCAGAGCAGAGGAGGUGGGGAGCAGGUGGCUGGAGAGAGGCGGGGUAGGUAGGCAGGGCGUCCCUGGCUCACCAGUGCAUCUGGUCCACAUGGCGUUUGGGAAAGCAGAUGGGUCCUGCUUUUGCGAUGAAUGGUCAGAUGCUUAGGGGGCACUUGUGCUCCUCUGGCUGGGAAAGGGAACACAGUCCAUCCGAGCUGCCCCCCACUCAUCUGCCAUGGUUGUCCACUCUGGGGGUUUUUCCUCUGAAGGAAAAUGAACCCAUCUUUUGCCUGCCAUGAAUCAUUGCAAGGCAGGCUGUUACUGGCUAAAUUAAAACCCUUGGCAGGGCAUCGACUAUGUGCAAGGCAAUGCUCUAGGUCCUGUAGAGGCUGGAAAACAAACCACAUCCUGGCCCAGCCUUCAAGUUGCUUUUCAGCUAUAAAAUUAAGUUCUGCCAAGGAAUCGUGACUAUAGGUCAAGCAUCGCGCCACCACGGAAGGUAGAUGUAUAUGUAGGUUUCUCUGCUGAGGAUGCGUGUUCCUCAGUAGAAGACAAGUAGGUGGAGGCAUCCAAUGAUUUCCAUCCUGUGGAGGUUGAGGGGUCAGGGGAAGAAAACAGAUGACCUCAGCCUAGUUGCUUUAAUCUGCUUUUCCAAGCACUAGAUGCCCUUGGAUGACAGCAUCCUCAGCAUUAAAACUGGUGAGCUGAUGAAGGCACCUGGGCUGGAGUGUGUUGGGCAGCCAGUGCCCCCAGUGCUGCUUGCAGGUUCUUGGGGUGGAAGACAGGGAGGUGCAAUUGGUAGGGCCUGAUCAGAGGCAGAAAAUGACCCCCACAGUGGUCUUGUCCCUGCUAGAGAAAGCAGAAAGGGGGACUACUGGGGUGGGGGGGGCUUCAUGCACAGAUUGGGCACACUCCACCAGACCCCAGCAAGGUCAGCUGCCCCAUGCCCGUGUCUGGCACUGCUGGUGUGUGCAGGGAUGAAACCCAGCAUCAGAGAGCUUUUCAGCAAACCUUCCAUGCUCACAUUUGGCCAGGUGCUUGUCAGGUCCUAGCUUCAUGCUGGCUUAGACUGUCAGUUGUUUGUGUUGACAGCAUUAGGAAUAAACCAUUUGUUUCAUCUUUCCUUUUCUCCACACGUGUCACAGCCAGAUUUCAGCUUUGAGUUAUUCCCUGAAGAAGCCACACCAAGCUCGCUUUCAAGCAAAAUGCCUGGGCUUGGGGGAAGGCAUGUAUCUGUCCAUGUGUGGAUGUCGGCUCAGAGCUAUAGCUUCUCUGUGGGGCUGGCCCGAGGGAAGGCUCCUCUGGGGCCCUAGACAGCACAUGGCUCCCAGCGAGGGGAAUUCUGGUGAUCUCUGUGGAGGUAGCCAGGGACACAAGGCUUGGCUGUGAGUCUGGUUUUAAAGUGCGUGAGAGCCUGAAAAGCAUGAAGGGGUUUGGUCCACUCACCUACUUGAAAGCCUGUGGGCAAGGUUCUCUUGAGCCAAGGCUCCUCUGAAUGGCCCUGCUGGUGGAAGGGGUGAGGCAAAGGCCUCUGACUUGGACCCUUUCCACACCAGACUGGCAGCACUGCCCCCAGGCAGCCAGUGGUGGACCCUGAGCCUUCAGGCCCCCAGCUCCUUGAGGGAUGAGCCUGGGAGCUCGAGAGCCAGCGGCUGAGCUCUGAGAAUUCUCCAUCUCCUGCCUGCCCUUGAGUGCGCUCUCAGUCUGAGAACACAGUCUGAUCAGGCGCCCUCCCGCCUUGAUGCUGUGCUGUGUGUGUCACACGGUCGAUUCACAAAAGCCAGAACUAGACCUCAACCAGGUCUGCUCCCCCUCGCCAAGUGGGUUCAGGGUGAGGGCAAUUUUUAAGCCCAGUUUCUCUCUUUGAUAGCCAAGACAUGGAACAUCUCUGCUAAGAAGCCGAAAGAAAUUGGUUUUCUUCUCGUUGCUGAAAUCCCUCUGUGUCUCUUCUCACGGACAGGCUGGUCCAGUGGCUUUGGUGAGGGCACCUCCAUUUAUGAACACUGGGAUUCCUCCGGGUGGGCUUUGACGGGUGGCUUCUGCGGUAGGAAGGACGACGAGGUCCCUGGGAAGGAGCUGCCUACCCGCUGCUCCACGAGGAAGCUCAGGCCCGCACAGGUUCCACCAGGCCUUGGAUGCCCUCUGGUUGAGUCAGAGAGCGUGUGGACUUGCAGAAGGGGUGUGUUUAGUCUUCAUUGCCCUUUCUCAGCUGGUGAAUAGAGACCCUGGGCAUCUCACAGCCUUAGGAAUGUACUGCCCCUCCAUUGCUCUAGACUGCCUUGGGAAAGGGGACCCUGGAAAUGCACUGAGAUCUCCAAUUAGUGCCUCCAUUGAUGUCUCUAGACCUGCAGAUACGACGCAAACCUGGGAUCACUUCUUCCAGGUGUGGGCACCAGAGAGGGAAGCCACUGCAACAUUUUAUCCCCAUCAUUCCAACAUGCUUGCUUGUCUCUUUUACCCCACACCCACAACUCCUUCUGAGACUCUUAGUCAUAAAAGAAUGACCAAGAGAGUUGGGCUCCAGCGAGAGAAAUGCCUAUGAAAGAGGGUUUCCCUUUUUGCUCCUUUGAAGGCCCUCCCCACUGAUCCUUGGAACCCAAUACCGCAUUGCCUCUUGUGGAUGAGUUUUUGCCUUGGUCUGCUUGGGUACUUCAGACCAGGACUGAGUCUGACACAGCUUUCAUGAGGUUACAGAAAAGGGCUACAGAUUUGGGAAGUUGUGUGUAAUGGUCUUGAGACAGUAUCUCCAUUUGGCUCACCCUGGUUUCUCUAAAAAGCAACGACAGCAACAGACAAACAAAAAGCUCCCGCCUCGCACCCCGUUAGCUGUCCUCCUCCUUACUGUGAUGUGGUUGCGGUCUCUGUCUGUAGGUGUGUGUGCCGCCUUGGCCCUCUGUCCUCUGGGGAUGUGCCCUUCCCACGUGUGUCAGGUUCUCACUCUUUCAUGACUCCUAACGUGAAGUGCUGUGAUGUUUCUGCCCUAAGGGACGUAUCAAGCUCUCUGUGUUUCAGUGUUGGAGAUUGAGGCUGUGCCACAUCUCCUGCCAUCCUAAGGGGACAUGCCGGUUCUGUUGCUUCCCAGAGAGCUGCCAGAUUGUGACAGUCUCCAGGAGAACCUACAGAUUGGAAGCAGACCCGGGACUCGCUCUUCAUUCAGAAGACUGGUGGCCCACGUGCCAGGACCGCCCCACCUCUCUUGCUGCCUUUUCUCCUGUCCUGACAGGGUUCUGGGAGGGAGACCUGUCGCUGAUGGGAUGAAGAAUGACGUGGGGAUCGAGCAGCCUUUGUCUUUGGGACCCCUCGAUAUCCCAUGGAACCCUCGCACGUUCUCAAAGACUGAGUCACAAGCCCCUACCCCUUCCUUGCUGUGGUUAGUAUCUUGUUCUGUGAUUGGUUAGCAAUGUUGACUACCCACGUAGUGAAUCUUUUGUCUGCAAUUUAGAGAAUGUGUAAACAAAUAAAAGCCUUUAAAACUCUU